UAGUCUGUCGAAAGUGUGUAUAGCUUUCACUUCUAGCAAUAAAAUUCUAGUAAAAUUUAAAUUAACCAUCUAAAGCGAAUUAAAAUUACGAAAGUGGAAGAUCUAUUACCCCCCUUCUAUUAUUAUGAUAUAAAGAAAUGGAAAUAUUAUCUCACAUAGUUUCAAAUCGAAUAUACUGGAAGGAAACAAAUCCAACUGUCAUCCGUUUUGAGGUUUACUUGGCUGUGUGCCCAGUAUCAGUUGUCUGUCAAUAACAUACUUUUAUCAUACACAAGCUGGGUCAUCGUUUUGAUGGAUAAUAAUGCCCGUUAAAGUUGAUAUUACUCCACCACCACCAGCUAAUUCAAAACAACCUGGCGUAACAAAGUCUCUUCUUUACAACGGCUCCAAAUUUCAAGGGCAUCAAAAGUCUAAGGGAAAUUCUUACGAAGUAGAAGUUGUAUUGCAGCAUGUGGAUGAAGAAAAUUCGUACCUUUGUGGAUAUUUAAAAAUAAAAGGUUUAACAGAAGAAUUUCCAACUCUAACGACAUUUUUUGAUGGCGAAAUUAUAUCAGCAAAAUAUCCUUUUUUGACAAGAAAGUGGGAUGCAGAUGAAGAUGUUGAUAGAAAACACUGGAGCAAGUUUGACCUAUUUGUACCAUAUUUAAAGACAUUCAACUCGGACUCAUUUGAUUAUGAUUCUCUUGAAAAGGCUGACUAUGUGUUUAUGAGAUGGAAGGAACACUUUUUAGUGCCAGAUCAUACAAUAAAGGAUAUAAAUGGUGCUUCCUUUGCUGGGUUCUAUUAUAUAUGCUUUCACAAAUCGGCAGCUACUAUAGAAGGCUAUUAUUAUCACAGAAGCUCUGAAUGGUUUCAAUCACUGACAUUAAGUCAUGUUCCAGAACACAGCAUCCAAAUUUAUGAAUUCAGAUGAAAAUGCAGUAGGGAUACUGAAAUUGGAUUGAUAUUUGUUUCUUAUAGUACUUACGUGUUCUUUGAGUCAUUAUUUUGUUUAAUAUCCUUUACAAUGACUAUGUCGAGUAUCUUUGAGAGAUCUCAUUAUAUUAUCUGAUACCAUGAUCAAUGUUUUAUGAACAAUAAUGUUUGUUAGGCCUGUCUUUGCAUAUACUUACAUGUAAUAUAACUCAUUAAAUAGUAUGUACAUACUUCAUCAAUUAAUUUAGUCUAUUCCUUAACUGUAAAUGUCAAUAUAUUUGUGUUAGAAAUCAUCUUCAUUUGUAUGAUUUUUCUGUACUGCUAAUUCUAUUAUUGUGAUAUAUUGUACAAAUUUCUUGUGUAAGUAGUUUUUUGUUAAAUUUGAAUGGUUUUUGACAUUUAAUAUGUUCCUUUUUAUGUUUAGUUACCCAUUACU